AUAUGGAGGCUACCUCAACACUUUCAUUAACUCUCUCACCAUCACAAAGUAAUUAAGAAAAAGACAUGGAGACUCGAAGUGAACUCCAUGAACCCAUUUUAGGCUCCUUGCAUGAAUCUACUGAACAUUAUGAAGUGAAAUCCGAGCUCGAAAAGGUUCUAACCGACACUCAGUUGCCCUACUUCAAGCGACUCCGCAUAGCGUCAUGGAUCGAGUUGAAGCUUCUCUUCCCCCUAGCUGGACCCGCAGUGUUUGUCUACAUGAUCAACAACUUCAUGUCUCAGUCCACCAGAGUAUUCGCCGGCCACCUCGGCAAUCUUGAACUUGCUGCUGCAUCUCUUGGCAAUGGAGGCAUCCAACUCUUUGCGUAUGGCCUCAUGUUAGGAAUGGGAAGUGCAGUAGAAACUCUGUGUGGCCAAGCUUAUGGUGCCCACAGAAAUGAAAUGCUAGGCAUAUAUCUUCAAAGAGCAAUAGUUGUGCUAACUCUCACUGCUAUACCGAUGACUGUGAUCUAUCUAUUAUCGAAGCCAGCGUUGCUCUUGCUGGGAGAACCAAAAAAGGUGGCAUCAGCAGCUGCAGUGUUUGUCUACGGUUUAAUACCUCAAAUUUUCGCUUAUGCUGUGAAUUUUCCGAUACAAAAAUUCCUGCAAGCACAAAGCAUAGUGUACCCAAGUGCCAUUAUAUCAGCAGCUACACUUGGGGUUCACUUAUUAGUAACUUGGGUGGCAUUGUUUAAGCCGGGAAUGGGAUUGGUUGGUGCAUCACUGGCUUUGAGCUUGUCAUGGUGGAUCAUAGUAGUUGCUCAGUUUGUUUAUAUAGUGAAGAGUGAUCGGUGUAAGGAGACAUGGACUGGAUUUUCUUUACAAGCAUUCUCUGGGCUUUGGCCAUUUGUUAAAUUAUCUGCAGGAUCAGCAGUGAUGCUGUGCUUGGAGACCUGGUACUCUCAGAUAUUAAUUUUGAUUGCUGGGCUGCUCGAUAACCCUGAGAUUGCCUUGGACUCACUUGCUGUAUGUUUGUCUAUAAAUGGGCUGAUGUUCAUGGUCUCUGUCGGUUUCAAUGCAGCUGCAAGUGUCAGAGUUAGCAAUGAAUUAGGAGCUGGGAAUCCAAAGUCAGCAGAAUUCUCAGUUUUUAUAGUGAAUUUAGUUUCCUUCAUAAUUGCAGUGAUAGAAGCAGCUGUUGUGCUUGCUUUACGCCAUCUAAUCAGCUAUGCCUUCACCAGUGGUGAAACUGUGGCUGAUGCUGUUGCAGAACUCUCUCCAUUUUUGGGUAUCACCCUCAUACUUAAUGGAAUUCAACCUGUCUUAUCUGGAGUUGCUGUUGGGUGUGGAUGGCAAGCCUUUGUAGCGUAUGUGAACGUGGGAUGCUAUUAUGUGGUUGGAAUUCCAUUGGGAUUUCUUCUUGGAUUUAAAUUUGAUCUUGGAGCUAAGGGAAUAUGGUGUGGAAUGAUAGGAGGGACCUUGAUGCAAACAAUGAUUUUGUUAUGGGUGACAAUUCGCACUAAUUGGAAUGAAGAGGUAGAAAAGGCAAGGAUGCGUUUGAAUUGUUGGGAGAACAAUGAACCACAAGAAGCAAAGAUCUGAAAAUUAUCAAAAAGAUCAAUGACCCGAAAGAUUUGAUCGAUUCGAUUUAAAAUCAAACCGAAUCGAAUAAAGAAAAAUUAAAAUUUUAAUAUGUCUACGUUAUUAUUAAAUUUUCUAUGAAAAUAAUUUAUAAACAUGUGAGAUUCAACACGUGUGUUAGAUAUGUGGAUUUGACUUUGAGCUGCCGGUGGAUAUGAGCUGAGGGCCUAACGUGAACCACCCUGUUAAUAGAAGUGCUACCCAUGACAGAGGAGUUGGAGUGGUGGUGUGGCUUACAUGUAUUGCAUCUUGUAGCUCUUUCACUUAUUUAUAAUAAAAUAAUAUCUGGGAUUUUAAACCAA